UCACCAAGUGGUACCAUGGGACAAACAUCUCUUCAAUGCUCAAUCUUUCUGACCUCACUGCUGAGCUGCACAACAAACCAAGCUCGUCUCACUGUGAGUCCCAGAAGCUCUCAGCUGUUUAAUCGAGAGUCUGUCUCUCUGAGCUGUGAGGACGACAACUCUGCUGGAUGGACGCUGAGGAGGAACACAACCAGAGAAACCAGGACUCAGUGUGGAGCUGGCUGGGGAAAACCUGCUGGUUCUUCCUGUAAGAUCAGCCACGUCCUCCCAUUGGACAGUGGAGUUUACUGGUGUGAGUCCAGAGAGGGAGCAACCAGUAACACCAUCAGCAUCACUGUCACUGGUGGACCAGUGAUCCUGCAGAGUCCUGUCCUCCCUGUGAUGGAGGGACAUGAUGUCACUCUCCACUGUAAACCAAAGACCCCUCCCUCCAACCUCCCAGCUGCUUUCUAUAAAGAUGGCUCCCUCAUCAGCACUGAGCCUACAGGUCACAUGACCAUCCACCAUGUUUCCAAGUCUGAUGAAGGCCUCUACAAGUGUCACAUCAGCCGUCACGGAGAGUCUCCACCCAGCUGGAUCUCUGUCACAGGUACACCGACAACCACAGCCCCGCCCCCUGCCUCUGCAGCCCCGCCCCCUGCCUCUACAGCCCCGCCCCCUGCCUCAGCCCCCCUCCAGCUUGUGUUCAGACUGGUCUGCCACCUGGUGGUGUUCUGUCCGUACUGCAUCUCCACUGUCCUCAUGGUGUCUUUAUAUCGACGCAGGCCCACAGGAAAUGACCACGCCCACCCAGGCUGAGCAGGGAUUGGAUGAUGACUUUGAUGAUGUCAUCACUGCUGUCACCACAGAGCAUCACUUCUGAGCUGAAUAAGAAUUACACUGUAAAACAUUGUGAGCUGCGAGUGAACUGAACUAAAGUUGAAUAAUUCGCUGAAA